GUGGAAUGCUAAUUAGGCGAAAUUUUUCACUACAUAGGUCACAGACAAGGAAAACGAGCUUGCGUAGAGAAUGCAAGCAACAGUCUUACAUAAAUUGUCGAUGGAGUCGUUGGUGAUGCCAUGUCCCGUUCGGUCAGCCGCUAUAAAAGGAAUACACAGACAAUUGCGGCACUGCGGUAGGGCGCGCGCGUAUGUUGGACCGGCUGUUUAUGAGACAGCUGAACAAGCAGGCACGUUAUGGGAUGGGCUUUUUUCUGCAAGCCAGAGUGCCGAUGCGCUCGUCACAACACAGCUAGCAGGAAUAACGCCUAUGACUUACCUGGUCGUAUUGGGUGCGGGGCUGGUGACCAGCCUGUCGCCAUGCACGCUAAGCGUGUUGCCGCUUACCAUCGGGUACAUCGGUGGAUACAGCAAGGCGGAGGGGGCGGGCGGGCCUAAUCUUACAGCCCAGGCGGUUUCCUUCUCCUUCGGCCUGGCCACCACACUAGCUGGGCUGGGCGUUGCCUCCUCGCUGCUGGGUCGUGCGUACGGGCAGGUGGGGGAGGGGCUGCCGGUGGCGGUGGCGCUGGUGGCGGUGCUCAUGGGGCUUAACCUGCUGGAGGUGCUGCCGCUGCGGCUGCCCUCCCUGGAUGUGGACGUGCGGCAGGUGCCGGUGCCGCCCGCGCUGCAGGCGUACCUGGCGGGGGCCACAUUCGCGCUGGCGGCGUCACCGUGCAGCACCCCGGUACUAGCCACGCUGCUGGCCUACGUGUCCUCCGCCCCCGACCCGCUGCAGGGCGGCUGCCUGCUGCUCACCUACACAUGCGGAUACGUGGCGCCGCUGCUGGCGGCCGCAUCCGUCACGGGAGCGGUGAAGCGGCUGCUGGCGCUGCGGGCCUACUCCGCCUGGCUGACUCCGGCGAGCGGGGUGCUACUGCUGGCGGGGGGGACGUACGCGCUGCUGUCAAGGCUGGUGCCGGCGUGAAGGCCGGAUGGGAUGUGUAUGUGUGUGGCGCCGGGAGGGGUAAAGUGGGUGGCGAUGGGUGUAGGCUGACGUGACGCAUGGAAGGGAAAGAGACGUGGGACAUGCGGGGGCGACACGCUAAGGGUGGCGCAGAAGUGACUCCGUGUACGUCAUGAGUCAGGACAAUGUGGUUUGGAGCGCCGAUGAAGUGUGGAUGGUUUGCUGGACUGUUGUUGUGAACAUGCAGCUAUCUGGAUGUUGCAGGUGUUUCGCCCCAGCUUUGUGGGACAGCAAAGACAUAUAUUGUAUACAUGCGGUUUCUUUUCUUGGCAGUAUUCUGGCAACAGACUGAUGUUGCUACUUUCCAACCGGCGCGCCGUACGGCGCUUCGCAGCUUCCGUCCACGAUUGGCGAGUCUCACUCCUGCAUACGAACUGCACAAGAAUAACUUAAUAAGCAAACGUCUUUUGUCUUUGACUGACCAGAAUUGUUUCUGACUAGAAGUUGCGUGCGUGUUUGACGGGCAAUUUUGCUCGCCUUGCGGAUUGGCACCCUCGACCACUGAUGAAAUAACUAAAUAGUGAUUUACAUUUAUCGCUGCCAAAAGAAUUGAAGGAGACGUGAGCUGUCCCUAAAUUGCAGGUGCUGUUGGAAGUUGGCACUGAAAAUUCGCGAAAAGGACCAGCUAGCAGCAGUGGAUACAUUAUGAAUGCCAUCCUAGAUAGUAGAAUUUGUUGGCAAUUUCCCUAGAAGAGCACCGUCGCAACAUCAUCCGAGCGUUGUCGGGGGACCCUGCCCCAACGCUGCUUCUCCCCGGCAAGCAGCACCCCUUCCUCUAGCCAAGCUCGGUAGGGACAAGUUGGCGGAGGCUCAUGUGCUGCUUAUCGCUCAUCUGGUGCGGUGGCUGGGAUGUGGGUCUGCGCACGCGCUUCACGGUCGCCAAGUGGUUCUAUUGCGUUGGAUUCACCGCCACCGCCAUCGCGGUGUGGGUGCUGCGGGAUUAUGGGGGCGACUUCCUGCCACGAGAGGUCAGCGCUUUCAAUCUGUGUAAAGAGGCUGCCGACCCCGCCUCCGUGUCUCGCUGCGCCGGCAAGGAGGUGGCGCUGCGGGUCAGCUUCGCCAACCUGGUGUGGUUCGGCGCGCACCUGCUGGGCUGCCUGCUGCUGACGCGGGUGGAGGACCCGCGGGUGGACCUGCAUGCGGGGCUGUGGGCAUGGCAGGUGCUGACGUGGCUGGCCGCACUCAUCGGCUUCAUGUGGCUGCCUGCCAGCACGCUGGCAGGGUAUGCGCAAUUCGCGCGCUACGCCAGCGGGGUCUUCCUGGUGCUGCAGCUGGUACUGCUGGUGGCCUUCGUGUACGAGGUGAACGAGUGGCUGGUGGCUCGCGACUCCCCGGCCGCCUGGGCGCUACUGGUGGGCGGAGCGGCGGUGGCUUUCGGGGGAGGACUGGUCCUCACCGGCAUCACCUACCACUACUACGCGCCCGCCGCCUCCUGCUCCCUCAACGUCUUCUUCAUCACCUGGAACCUGCUGCUGGGGCUGGGGCUGGUGGGGCUGCUGUUCGUGCCGCGCCGCGCCCCCACCGCCGGGCUGCUCACCUCGGGGGCCGUGUGGCUGUACUGCUCCUACCUCACCUACUCCGCACUCGCCUCCGAGCCGCCCUCGGAGCGCUGCACCCGCGGGGGCGGGGUGAGCUCGGGCGGCUGGGUGGGCGUGGUGGCGUUCUUCAUAGCGCUGGCGGCUGUGGUGUACUCCACGCUUACAGCGGGCGUUGCGAGCCGCGACAUGUUUGGCGGUGGCGGCUCAGGUGACCCGGGGGUCGGCGACAACUCCGUUGAGCUGCCGUACCGCCCGGACUUUUUCCACCUGGUGUUCGCAACCGCCUCUUGCUACCUGGCCAUGCUCUUCACCAACUGGGCCGUCAACGAGUCGCGAACUGCCUUCGAAAUAGACCGCGGCUGGGCUAGCACCUGGGUCAAGAUGGCGAGCAGCUGGGCUUGUGCGCUGAUAUACGGUUGGACGGUGGUGGCGCCGGCGAUACUGAAGAACCGUGAUUUUGGGUUGCCUACGUGAGGGGCUGCUUGUGUGUGGGGCUGGGUAAUGAGGGGGGCAGUGAACGAGAUGAGCUUGUGUGAUCCGGGGGAGGUAACGUAAUGAGGUAAUGCUUACAUGCCGCAUUGAUCCUGGCUGUACCAUCAAGUGGAACGGAGCAACGUAUUAGGGGCAAUGGAGGAAUGGAUGAUUGGGCAUUCAAGAAGGCAGAAUGGAGGGGGGGACGCUACGCUGGGGUGAAGGCGGAUGACGGAAAGGCUGGACUCAGCACGGUAAGGGCAGUCCGUGCGUACCAGCUACCCGGAGGCGGUACGACGCAAGUGGUUGUGAUGAUCUAGGAUAUCAGCUGAAACUGCAUGCGGUAUUGUGCUCUACCACUGGGUUACCGAAGUGACGCAAGAGAUACGCAGUAAAGAGUUACGGUUCGG